UAUAUUACAGACUAAAAUUGAUUAAAAUCUACAACAAAUGGUGGCGCCUGCAAACACAUUGCAAAAUAGUACAAAUUCCGACGAAGAUGAGUCCGUGCGAGCGGCGCCCACUUCCAUGCUAUUGCUGGAUGCAAAGCGCAAAAGUGCAUUUCUGCCCUAUCGUCCCCAGUCGACCGUCCUGACCAAUCUUCAGCGAGGCAACACAGAAGCAACAUUUUGUCCCGUUGAAGUGUCGCUCUCCUUUCACGAGCGAGCGGGUCAGGGUGAGAUUACCGAGGAGCAAGUGACGGCGGAGCUAGGAAGGCAGAAAGACGUUGACUACAAGGAUGCCAAUGGGUUCACAGCGCUUCAUUGGGCCGCCUCGUAUGGCCAACUGGUCUCAGUGCAAUUGCUGUUGGCAGUUGGGGCAAAUGUAAACAGCACGGCCCCAGACUUGGUAACUCCUCUGCUGUUGGCAGCCGCCGGAGGACACAAUGAGAUCGUGCGGUAUCUCUUAGAGCGCGGUGCCCAUUCUUCACACAUGGACAUUGUGGGCAAUACAGCUCUAAUGUACGCUGCUGCCGGCAAUCAUCCGCAUACUUGCAAUGAACUUUUGGCUAAAGACUUAGACUUGAGUGCUGCCAAUGAGAACGGGGAGACAGCCUAUUCCCUGGCUGUAGAGCAUGGAUCCCAUCUGGCUCAGGCUUUGCUAGAACAGUACAUGACCGCCAUAAUUACAGCUGGUGCAUUUGGCAGUAUUUAAUAGUGGGUAAAAUAAGAUCAUAUAAUUAAGGAUGGAGGCAUUUGGCAUACCCGAUUCUUGGGGAUAACAUUAUUAAAACUCAAACAUUUUAUUCUUA